AUGGAGACAAUAUCUGUGUCAACAGUCAAAAAAAGAAAAUUAAAUUACGAUGAGCCUUCAACAAGUUCUUCGGAAUUAAAACAAAAAAAAACUUGCAGAAAAUAUUGUCCGGAAUAUUUGCAAAUUGGAUUUACGUGGAACGGAGACGAAGAAAAUCCACGACCACAAUGUGUUAUUUGUGGAUGUAUACUUGCAAAUGAGAGUAUGCGACCAAACAAAUUACAUCGACAUAUCGAUACGAACCAUCCAGAAAUGAAAGGUAAACCACUCGAUUUUUAUAAAAAAAAACUAGAAUCUCUAAAAACAUCCAAAAAUAAUAUUUUUAAUUUUACUGCAACUAACCAAAAAGCUACGUACGCUUCAUAUAAAAUAUGUUUACGAAUUGCUCAAACUGGUAAGCCUCACACAAUUGGUGAGUCUUUAAUUUUACCAGCAAUCAAAGACGCAGUCGGAAUCUUGUUUGAUCAAAAAUGUUUAAAAGAAGUUGAAAAGUUAUCGCUUUCAAAUAAUACAGUGUCGCGUAGAAUCGAUGACAUUUCUGAAUGGGUAGAAAAUAAACUGAUUGAAAGAGUUAAAUUGAGUAGAUGGUUUUCAUUACAGCUAGACGAGUCCACAGAUAUCCAAGGCUUAUCUCAGAUGAUUGUUUUCGUACGUUACAUAUGGAUGAAUGAAUCUCACGAGGAUUUUUUGUGCUGUGAACCGAUUAUUCGAGGUACAAGUGAUGAAAUUUUUAAUACUCUUAAUACCUAUAUAACAGCGAAAGGAAUUGAAUGGACGAAAUGUGUCGGGUUAUGUACGGACGGCGCCCGAGCAUUGUGUGGUAAGAACAGUAGUGUUAUUACUAAAAUUCGUGAAAUUAACGUUAAUGAAAAAAAAUAG